UUGAGUCACUGACUGUGCCUCAGAAUACUUUAGCAAACCUGAACAUUCACAUUAACACAAAUCAUUAAUGAACGGUGCAGUUCACAUGAAGGACUCAAAUUUGUCUUAAAGUCAUGACCUGACCUUCAGUGCAAUGCUGCAUCUCUGUCAUCACCAGGUCCUAGCCCGGGUUGGCCUUCACAGGACUCAAAGCACCCAGGUGCUGAAGUGCCUUACUCCUGCUCUCUCUGUGUGGGGGAGACAUGGAGGAGCCUGUUGGAGGAGCACUGGUGCAGAUGAAAGGCAGGAAUCAGGGUCUUUCCAUGGGGCGAGGAGCCGAACAUUUGGAUAUAUACUGGGAGGGUUAGUGGCUGGGACUGGAGCUGUGCUUGCUUAUGGACUCCACAACAGCCAAACAGAACGGGCUGCUCUCUCCAUACAGUCGGAGACGUCAUCCUUCCCUGUCUACACCCAGGAGGAAGUCACCAAACACCGCUCUCUAGAAGAGGGUGUGUGGGUCACAUACAAGGGCGGAGUCUAUGACAUCACUGAGUUUGUCGCCAUGCAUCCUGGGGGAGAUAAGAUCCUACUGGCUGCAGGUGGCGCUUUAGAGCCCUUUUGGGCACUGUAUGCCGUUCAUGGUCAAGAUCACGUGCUAGACAUCUUGUCCGGGUACAAGGUAGGUGAGCUGAGCCCAGAGGAUGUCAAGCAACAACAGCAGAAUAGAGAUACUGCAGACCCUUACUCCAACGAUCCUCCAAGACACCCUGCCCUCAGUGUCAACAGCCUUAAGCCUUUUAAUGCCGAGCCGCCGCCCGCACUCCUCACUGACAACUAUAUCACCCCCUCUGCCCUCUUUUUCAAACGCAACCACCUGCCGGUACCCAAGGUGGACCCAGAAACGUACAGGCUAGAGAUCGAGGGUCUUCCUGGAGGACCAGUAAGUCUGUCCCUAGAGGAGCUCAAGUCUCGUUUCCCCAAGCACACCAUCACGGCAACUUUGCAGUGUGCUGGGAACCGUCGCUCGGAGAUGAACAAGGUAAAGACAGUCAAGGGACUCAACUGGGGCAUCGCAGCAAUUAGCAAUGCUACAUGGUCAGGUGCCCGGCUCAGGGAUGUUUUGCUCUACGCAGGCUUUGGCCCAGAGGUGGCGGCUCAGGCAAAGCAUGUGCAGUUUGAAGGGCUUGACCGUGACGUGACCGGCACUGUGUACGGUGCAUCUAUCCCCUUGAACAAGGCAAUUAACGAAGAGGGAGACUGUCUGUUGGCUUACGAGAUGAAUGGGGAAGCCCUGCCGGCGGAUCACGGCUAUCCUGUCCGUGCAGUUGUACCAGGAGUCGUCGGGGCUCGGAAUGUCAAAUGGCUUGGGAAGAUCGUCGUGAGUGAGGAGGAGAGCAAGAGUCACUGGCAACAGAAUGACUACAAGGGCUUCUCUCCAGGCACCGACUGGGACACGGUUGACUUUAAGUCAGCCCCGGCCAUCCAGGAGCUCCCGAUUCAGUCAGCCAUCACCCAGCCGUCAGAGGGAAGCUCCGUUGACCGGAGUAUGGAGGAGGUGACUGUGAAAGGCUACGCCUGGAGUGGCGGGGGAAGGGAGGUGGUGCGGGUGGAUGUCUCGGUGGACGGCGGAAAAACAUGGCACGUGGCGAAUCUCCAGAACAGUCAGAAGGGGCAAGGGCCAGCACCUUCUCCUCCACCUGGAAGAGCCUGGGCCUGGAAGCUUUGGGAGAUUGCAGUCCCUCUGCCACCGGAGGCUCAAGAGCUAGAGAUUGUGUGUAAGGCAGUGGACAAUAGUUACAAUUCACAGCCAGACUCAGUCGCUCCCAUUUGGAACCUGAGAGGAGUGCUUAGUAAUGCGUGGCACCGAGUGAAGGUUAAAAUAGAUGAGGACUUGGAGGAUGAGGAGUAGACUCCUGGAAUAGGAACAUUUUCAGGGUAAACAAAAGAACCCGAAGAAGAACCCCUGUAGCAUGAUUCUGAGAUAAUAUUGCCAAACCUCAUGUAAGACAACUUUUCAAGACAAUACUUGUUUGAUUUGGCUGUCAUACCUCAAGUUAGAUU